AUGUACUCGACGGGCACCGAGCUCAUCGCGUCGGUCGUCUAUUUUGCGCCGCCGCGCGAAAAAUCGCGCAAACGCCAAAAUAUGGUGUCGUUUCGAUCGAGAUCGUUUGGCGAUGAUGAUGAUGAUGAGCAACAGAAACAGCGGCUCAUUGAGCAUCAUGAGGAGAUGGAUGAGGAUGAGGAUGACGACCAUAUCAACAAAAAGACGCAAUAUGAGCGCCCGUAUGCGAUUGCGGGAUCAUCGACAGGCGAUUCGUCGCAAUUCAAGUAUGGCACGUCGGGACCCAGCUAUCAGACGAGCUACAAUACCAACACACUGAAAUCGUCGUCGUCGCCGCGCGAUUCGGGCUUCGACAGCUCGCCGACGCGCUAUCGCAAAUUUGGCGAUCCGCCGCUGUCGUCCGACACGGCGACGAGCGACGUUGAGGCGACGAAGGCGGCGCGCCGCGGCAAUCCGCUCUUCACCACCGAUCCGAUGAAGCUCGGCGGCGAGUUGAUCAACACGAAAAUUGUCAAAGGGCCCAAAGGUUUGGGAUUCACGCUGAUCGGCAAUGACGCGUCGAGUAAAGGCGACGAAUUCAUACAGGUGAAAUCGGUGUUGGCCGGCGGUCCGGCGGCGGCGAACGGCAUCCUUCGCACCGGCGACAUUCUCGUUCGUGUGAAUGGCCAACUUUUGCUCGGCGCCUCGCAAAAAGAAGCGUGCGAUGUGUUCGUCGCGAUUCCCGUGGGAGAAGCGGUUGAUAUUCAAGUGUGUCGCGGUUAUGAGUUGUUCAUCGAUCCGACGAACAGGAUCAUCACUGAAAACGUCUAUUCAUCGGCCUACCGAAAUCGGGAUUUGCACGAGAUUGAGAUUUUCAAAGGCGCCGAAGGAUUCGGAUUCACGAUCGCCGACAGCAUUAACGGACAACGCGUCAAAAAGAUUCUGUAUCCGUCGCAGUGUCCGAAUCUCAUGGAAGGCGACACGAUCGUCGAGCUCGACGGUCUGAAUGUGCGCGCGAUUCCGCAUACCCAGCUCGUCGACAUGCUCCGACAACGCCCGAUUGGCUAUCAGGGCAAGUUGACGGUGAAACGCGCCGGCGGCGUCUCGCCGAAAUCGCGAUCGCGAACACCGUCGGCGGCGUUUCGGUAUGGCGAAGCCGACGCGCCGACGACGACAACGACGACGAUGACAGUUGGCGGUAGAUCAAAAACGCCGGCUGGCCGAUUGCCGUCUAGAGGGAAUGACGAUGAAUCGCAACCGUCGAGGAAUACACUUCAACGACAGCCGGCGGUUAGUGUUGAUCAAUGGGACGGCAAUCGGAUUCGAUCGAGCUCGACGACGCUUGGAUUCGCCACACCGAAUUACAUUCCGAUAAGCACGUUCAAUCAGAAAUCGUCGGACCUCAUCACAGUGUCGCUGAUCAGAAAGCCGGUGGGAUUCGGAUUCCGACUUCUUGGCGGUUGCGAAUCGAAAACACCGCUGUCGGUCGGUCAGAUUGUGAUUGGCGGCGCCGCCGAAGAGGACGGACGCCUUCAGGAGGGCGACGAGAUCGUCGAAAUCGACGGCCACAAUGUGGAAGGCGCCUCGCAUUCGGAGGCCGUCGUUUUGCUCGAAACCGCCGCGCACAACAAACACGUGAAGCUGGUUGUGCGACGGGCGCAUCGGAAUGACUAUCGACGCGGUUCGCUGAAUUCGGCGACGACGAACGACGCCAAACACGAUGUGAUGCUUCAUCGCGCCGAGACCGACGGCUUCGGAUUCGUGUUGAUGUCGUCGCAUCACAAGAAUGGCUCGACGAUCGGACAGAUUCAGCCCAACUCGCCGGCGUCGAGAUGCGGACGAUUGAACGUCGGCGAUCGUGUGAUUGCUGUCAAUGGAAUCGACAUUCUCAACAUGCCGCAUCCCGAUAUUAUUGCGUUGAUCAAGGAUUCGGGUUUGUCGGUUCGAUUGACGGUCGCGCCGCCGGAUGCCGGCGGACCGGUGUUGCCGGUCGCCUCGUCGACGCUGAGCCGCAAUUUCACGCUCAAUGGCAAUUAUGCCGACGCGCGCGACUAUGGAUUCCCGCCGCCGCCGCCAUCGACGACGUUCGACAAGAACAACUCCUACAUUCCAUUCGACGCGAUGAGCAUCAAUGAUCGAGUGCCGAUGAAUGGCUCAAUGAUCGACGUUGAGCUCGAACGCGGCGCUCGCGGGUUCGGCUUCUCGAUUCGCGGCGGCCAAGAAUUCUCGUCGAUGCCCUUAUUUGUACUCCGAAUCGCCGAUGAUGGUCCCGCGAAAGCCGACGGACGGCUGCAGGUUGGCGAUCAAUUAAUAACCAUAAAUGGUCAAAGCACGAAAGGAAUGACGCACGAUGAAGCGAUUCGAUUGAUCAAACAGCAGCCAACCGUAAAAUUAAGCGUUCUCCGAAACCGAUUGCCUUGA